GUGGUGUUGAGGUCCUCAAUGGUGAAUUGGGAGGGGUCGAGAGAGGUAGUGUCGAAGUCGUCAUCGGAGGUGCGUUUAGUGGUGUCGUUAUGGAAAAAGAGGGGGCGGGAGGGAGCAGGCGCGGACUGGUGAUGGGGGUGGAGGAGUCAAUCGUGGUGAAGCAUGCGAGAGAGGAGGCCAGCAAGGGGCAUGUCGAGUUAGUGGGCGAGGGCGGUUGCAAGGUCUUUGUGGCAUACUCGCUUGAUGUGGGAGAUGAACGCAAAGUCGGGAAUGACGGUGGUGGGGAGGUGAUGGCGGAGGGAGAAGAUGUAUUGGACGAAGUGGUCCGUGGCAGUGAGAAGGUUGGCCCAUUGGAGGAAGGAGUGACGCGGUCCUCCGGAGGCGCGGCGGUUGUUGACUUCGGCCAUCCACCAUUUGGCGACAUUGGCGAGGAGGCGGGAGGUGACAAUGGAAAGCCAGUGGACAAGGGGCAUGUGGUGGAGGAAAACAUCCUCAUGGGGAAGGCCGGAGAAGGACAUGAUGUCGGCGGAUCGGAAGGAACGGGGGAUUUCCCCUUCGCGGGAAACGAUCCGGGCGAGGGUGUUGAAGUUGAGGUUAUCAGGGGUGGUGUCGUAGCAGGUGUAAUCGAAUUGGCUGUUGUCAUCAAGGAGGUAGUUGGGGGGAAGUUGUGGCAUUGCGGGGUAAACCCCGGAGGUGACUUGGGAAUAGGUGGGACGAAGGGUGGGGAUGGUGGAGGUCGUCAUGAUGGGUUGGGGAAUGGCGGUGUGUUGGAUGCGUCGGAUGAGGGAGGAGGUGGGGGGAGCGAAACGGUGGUGGAUGAUGAGGACGGGGGAAGGGUUGAGGAGGAAGGGUUGGGGGAUAUGGUGGUAGAGGUGGUAGGAGUGGAGGAGGUUAGAGGGGGGGUGUUGCUGGAGGCGGCUGUGGAGGAGGGAGUGGUGUGCGCUGUGGAGGAGGGAGGUGCGACGAUGGUGACGACCGUGAUGGAGGGGUUGUUCCCUUCGAGCGUGGUGACGUUGUCGGACAUGGUGGCCUUUAUGUCGUUGAGAGAGGCGAUGACGGAGGUUUGGAGGGUGUUGAGUGUGUGGAGGAUGGCGGAGAGGUCGGGGGUGGCGGUGUUUGCUGGUGGUUGUUCACCUGCGAGCUUGCGGGCGAUGCUAUCGACUGAGUCGACAUGUUGAUGGAGGAUGCGGCCAUGUCGGGGGAAGAGGGGGCGGAGGACGUGGCCGGAAUGGAUGUGGAGGAUGCAGCAGCAGCGGUGGCGGCGGCAGCAGCGGCGGUAUUGGCGGCGGCGCGUUGGGAGUUCUUGGUUUGGCGUGGUGGCAUGUGGAGAUGGGGGGGCCAAUCCCUUAUUUAUUUAUCAAUAAAUUCAAAAAUAAUGAUAAUUGCCAAGAUUUCUGGAAAGUAGGGAAAUAUUGAAUAAAGAAAUUAUUCCAAUGGGAAUUUUAUUUAUUCGAAACUAAUUCGGGUAGAACAAAAUUUUGAAGGAUCC